GUGUGUAUGUGCGUGUAUGAGUGUGUGAGUGUUUUUUCCGCCAAGAGUCCGCUUGAGCAUGAUCUGCCUCUGUCGGGUUUUUUUGUCUAGUUCUUUGAUCUUAUCACAUUUUAGUCUGAAGGGAGGAGGAGACAUAUUCAUCUAGGUUUCUCAGGAUCCUGACACUGUGUGUGUGUGUUUGUAAGAAGCUGUAUUAUUGGUACUGCCGUGUUUCUCCUGAUCUGGACUGGACUGAAGCACAGAAACGGAGAGGGCAAGUAUGAGAUGGAUGAGAGGUCGCACCUCAUCCCGAUAAACAUACAAAGAUGAAUGGAUCUGGAAAUCAGACGUGUGUGAACAUUGAGAUCAGUCCAAUUAGCGACUUGCUAGUAGGGAUCUACAUCACUGUGUUGGUGCUGGGAUUGGUGUUUAACCUUCUCACUGCAUGGCCCAUCAUCCAGCAGAUUCGCAGGAAAAACGUUCUGGGCGUCUACCUGCUCAGUCUGUCCAUCUCAGAUGUCCUGUACAUACUCACCAUGCCUCUGUGGAUCAUCUACUACUACAAUGACCAUCACUGGGUGCUGGGACUGGACCUGUGCAAGCUCGCCGGCUUUGUUUAUUAUUCCAACAUGUACAUCAGCAUCUACCUGCUGUGCUGCAUCUCCAUCGACCGCUGCCUGGCUGUCACCUUCCCUCUGAAGGCCAAGGCCUUCCAGCGCUACAAGUAUGCCUGGAUCAUCUCAGGCUUCAUCUACGUCUUCACAGCCACCAUGCACAUUCUAGUCAUUCUCAUGGACAAGGUCACAGCUCCUCUGGACAGUCAGGGGAGAUGUUACGAGAGGUUUCCCAUGACGAAGCCCAUCGCUCUGUUUAACCUCCUGCGUGUAAUCAUUGGCUUCCUGCUGCCGCUGCUGCUGUUAGCCAUAUGCUACUUCCAGAUCUUCAGGAAGGUAAAGAAAAGUGUGGGAUUAGAUGGUCAGGGCAAACGCAAGGUCAAACUGCUGUCUGUGGGAGUCAUCAGCAUCUUCUCUGUCUGCUAUGCCCCCUACCACAUCCAGCUGCUCAUCCGCUCCAUAGCCUUCAACUCCUUCCACGUCGAGGAUUACUGCAGAUUCGAACAGUCGCAGCACUUUUACUUCUCGGUGGCUCUGGCCAUGUCGAGCCUCAACAGCGUGGUGGAUCCUCUGCUCUACGUCUUAGUGAGUAACGGCAUGAGGGAAAGCGUCCGGCUCUGCUGCCAGACCAAAAAUACUGUAGCUUCUCAUGAACUCACCAAAAAACCCAGACUGCAGCCGUGUGGUUCCUCAGAACUUCAUGAGACCACGUGAGGGUUUUUUCAGCAUUUAGCCACAUUCAGGAACUUCCUGUUCCCCAAUAAACCACUUCUGACCCCGAUGUAAACACAACAGUGAAACAAAACGCACUCAAGCAAACGCAUGCAUUUCUAUUAGAACGUAUUCAGUGGAACAUCUUCACUCAGAUCCCUCCAUCUCUUCUUCCUUCAUUUACAAUACUUUCUUUUUUAUCUCAAAAGUUUUAUUUAUUAACCUCAUUAUUGAAACAAUUUCAAUAAAAAUUGUUAGUUUUAUCUCUCACUCAUAUCUGAUGUUUUAGUAAAGUGUGUGUGUGUGUGUGUGUGUAUUAGUGAUGCGAUUCACAUCUCAAUGCAUAGCCAACGUUACGAUACAUUAAAGAUACACAUGAAGCAGCUGCUGAGGCGAUAAGAUACGAUUCCCACAUUGUGAUGCAGUGAGAUCAGAUUUCUUGUUUCGAUGUGAUGCUCUGCAAUUUAAAAAAGUACUGAUAGUUCAGUAAAUCAUCAAUUCACUUUAAAGCCUCCUGACUUCUAACUCAUGGCCGUUUCCCACACGUCUUUAUAGAGCAAAAAUAGGCUGUAAAACCAGAUGAUCUUUUUCAUUUGUGUCUACAGGAAGAUACGUAACGCACGUGAUGUUAAACGCUGGCCUCACUGUUCUCACCCCACGUGUGUUUGGUGGUUCUUGGCUGUGUUCUGCUGUUUAUCACCACUGCAGUUUGGACACACGCACCGAAGUGAAUUCGAGACUUUCCUGCAUCAUUCUGCACUUGUUGCUUCUGAAGUAUUUUAAAUCAUUUCCAAUUCACAUUUGGACAAGAUUCUCUAAAAGCACGUUUUUAUUUCCUCAGCAAUGACUUGAGCUGAUGAAUAGCCAUAAACUCUAAAGCGAUGUGGACCCGUCCCAUAGCCUGACCUGCAUGUCUGUUUAGACCGCAAACAAUGAUUCAGACCUUCAUCACAUCACAGACGCUUUGCUUUGAUGCAGCUGCCAAAGACUAGUUUCCUAAAAUAAGAAAAAAAGUAGAUAAAUAAGAACAUUGUGUUUACUGCAUGCACUGUGAUCUCGCUGUGUGGGAACAUUGGAUCUUCACAAGACUUAAGAAUAGUGUGAAUUAUCCACCUUUAGUGCCCACAGUAGCUCUGCGGUGGAGCUUCGUUUCUGAAUACGACACUCAAAAUGUUCUUGUUUUAGAGGCUGAAAGGGAGAAACUGCAGGUGUCAGUCACACGGGUGAAAAAGCCGGUGAUCGGGUGGGGAGCUGUGGGGCACGGCUGCAGCGUGGCUACGUAGCGCUGCCUCACCCAUGUUCGUUUUCCGGCACGUCCCGGAUCUCUCUCAAUUCAACCCUUUUCAUCAUAAAGCCAAACAUUAUUAAAAUUGCCAUUUUCCUGCCAUUGUGUAACUUUACUACAAACGUACCUGCUAUCAUGUGACGUGAAAGAAAUUUCACGUAGGUUUAUAAAUUUGUACUAAACUUUUGGAAACUAUUUUAUAAUUCCUAAUGACUGUUCCAGGUUUUUUAAUGUGUUUUUUUUUUUAAAUGUGUGUACAGAGUGCCCUCUGCUGCCUGAGGGAGAAAUUACACAAAUAUAAACAACUUUAAAGAAACUGUUUAUUGUACAGCUUUAUUGUGUGUGUGUGUGUGUGUGUGUGUGUGUGUGUGUGUGUGUGUGU